CUGACAGAGUGCAGUAAUAAGGAUCGCCUUGUUCUCAUCGCCCUAGAGCAUUUCAUCCACUUGGUCCUCUUCGGGGAUGAGCUAUGCCUUGAGGCUAUCCAGUGUGGUGGGUUGAAUUCAGUGCUGAAGCUGGUGAGACAGCCUUCAACACCGUCCGACACACGCCAGCUGCUACUCAGGGCACUUGCACUGGGAGGACAAGAAGUUGUCCUAUCUCAUCUCGCAAGCAGCUCCAUCCCUUCUUCGAUCGAAGCAGCCGGAGUGCUCACACAGCUCACAAGCCCUCAACGCACUUUCAUACAGCUCCAAAAUCUCGAUUCGGUUCUUAUCAGACUGCUUGACCUCGUCGACAUAUGUAACACCGGAGAAACAUUGCUUUUGGUGUCAGCCGCGUUGGCAAACACUUCGCUGCAGGAUCCAUGUGCGAUUGACCUACUCUACAGGCAGAACGCUAUUGUCCGACUAAUAAAUGCUUUCAAUCGCCACGAUUGUUCUACGAUAUUUGUGCAGGAGCAGAUAGUGACAAUACUUUGCCGACUGGCUGCUCGUCGUUACGAAGAAGCGAUCAUUUCCCAGGGUGCUGUUCCUGUGCUACUUGAGAUGCUUACGGUAACCGACGGCAACCAUUCCGACUACUGUAAAAGGAUUCGCUAUAAGGUAGGAACAUAUUAG